UGCAAUGGCGCCAACUCCAUAGAACAGGACGGACCAAUCAGCGUUCAAGAAAAAACCGACAGGAAGUCGUCACCGCGACACAUUACUACUUCCGGAACGCCCUCCUCUGAUACAUGUUGUGGUUGCAACACACUGAGAUAGUAAAAAGUUGUUUUGGUCCUCUUUUAAAGCGUUUAACAAACAUACAGCUACGAUGGACGACCGUGAGCUGGACCUGACCGAGGCACAGAAAGUUAUAAAGUCUAAAUACCCAAAAAUCAACAAGAAAUAUGAAUACCUGGAUCAUACAGCAGAUGUACAGAUUCACUCCUGGGGAAACUCUCUGGAGGAAGCCUUCGAGCAGUCUGCCAUGGGCAUGUUCGGCUACAUGACGGACACAGAGACAGUGGAACCGAUUGACACUGUUGAAGUGGAAUCAGAGGGUGACGACAUGGAGUCUCUUCUUUUCCAUUUCCUAGACGACUGGUUAUACAAGUUUUGUGCAGAUCUCUUCUUUGUUCCCAGGGAGGUCAAAGUUUUGCACAUAGACAGAAUGAACUUCAAGAUCCGCUCCAUUGGUUGGGGUGAAGAAUUCUCUCUGCCAAAGCAUCCACAGGGAACUGAGGUGAAAGCCAUCACAUACUCCGCAAUGCAGGUCCACGAUAACGAAAAACCAGAGAUAUUUGUCAUCGUUGAUAUCUGACGAUACCUCCAGAGGCAGACCACUCUCCUGGUUCAAUGGAACUGGAAUAUCUACUUGGCCAAUUUAAGUGGCCUUUUAUCUAAGACACUGAUUAUUGACUUGUAAAAUCUGUUUUUUUUUUAACUUUAAGGUGAACUGUUCACUGUCAGGAGCAUUUCCCAACAUUUCGUGUGAUUACGGGUGCACAUAGUAGAAUGGAAGGGCUCUCUGAUAGACUGAUAGAUUACAGAUUAAUGAUAUGACACUCAUGAAU